AUGGUAAGCUUUUUCGGUCCCGGCUCUCCGUUCUCCAACGGCAAGCACAGCGCGAAUCCAAAAGUUUGUGAUAUUUACCAGCGGAAUGUUUUGCAUGGCACACAGGAGUAUUAUCACACGUUCGACCGUAUUGGAGGCAGGUUCAACAGCGAGAUUGGCAUGGAAGCAUUCCCGGCUUUGUCGACAAUUUGUCAUUUUGUCACCAAGAUCUCCGAACUGAAUUCCCACUCACGAACGCUCGACUUCCAUAAAAAGGCUGAUGGUCAUGCCUGUCGUAUUGCGCUUGAUUUGGCAGAGAAUUUUCCCGCGACAGCCGGAUUGAAGGUGAGCAUCCCUAACUGA